GAGAGGCUUGGUCGGUCGGCGGCUGCAGCUGGUGGAGGAAAUCGGAAUGAGCAAGAUGGCUACCAACUUUGCUGCUCGGUACAAAAAAGAUCUGAGUACAGAAACUCUCAAGACGAAGCUGGUCCGCAGGAAAUCUAUUUUGCAAAAAGAGAGCCGACACAAACACUUCAAUAAGGUCCGGCAGUUUGGGCUGGCGGACGUCAAUACACAAUACGCGAGAGACAAGGAACUGUCUCAACUGGAGGAGGCAGGUGAAGGAUAUACUCCAGAGAAGAGCAAGGCCAAGCCAAGUCAAAUCCCAAAUGCUAAGACUUGUGGGAAGGAGCGCAUGGAAAUGCUCCAGCGUUACAAAGCUGAAAAAGAACUGCGAAAAUUAAAAGAGCAAAGGCAGAAACCUGUGUUUAAAUGUGGACGAUACAAACCAGAGAUGCCCUCCUUUCUUCCACAAGCAUCACUGAUCCCUGUGUUGAGCAAGUCAAAGGAGAAGGCAGCGCCGCCACCCCCAGUGCGAGUAACAAGAUCAAAGGCGAAGAACAUCUUGGAAGAAACAACAAAGGCCCUUGCAAGACCUCAAGUUUCUGCGAUAGUGCCGAAGCAAACUAGUAAGGGCUCUGGUUUGCAACCACUUCAGCAUAGACAACAGCACAUCUAUGUGGACAAACCUGCCAAAAAAGAGAACAAAGUGGUUCAGCCUUCAGUCCCCCCAACCUCUAAUGGAAGAAUUACGAGGGCAACGGCUGCUGCUAUGUCAAAGAUACCCCAGGUCUCAAAAGUGGCUGCAACAGCAGGUAAUCUGGCACAGAAAAGAUCAACAACUAAAGGAAAGCAGCAGAAGGAGAUGAAAAAUGAAGAGGCAUUACAUGAUAUGAAAGAGGAUAUUCUUAUGGAACCAGUAAAAGAAAGAGCAAACUUUCAGAUUCCUUCAGCUGAAGACACUGAGGAGGGUGAGGUCUUUCUGGAGAAGGAAAACAUUCCCACGUCUUGCGGUCCAGCUCCUACUGCAAGGAGAACACGUUCCUUUGCCCCUCAGAAUUUUGUGUUUAAGCCUUUGGAGGGCUUGGCUACCUACAGAGUUACGCCCAUGACCCCUUCCCGGGCCAGUCUGUUCCUGUCGCCUGAUCUCACUUGGAGUCCUACUCAGACCACCAGCGAAGUCCCGAUGGAAGACGCACAGGACUGCCUGUCAGAAAGGUCAUCUUCCCCUGUGCCAGAAGUCAUCGAGGAAGACCUGCCUGAAUGUCAGUCUGCCUGGAAGUCUCAGGAGGUCAAGACGGAACAAGUGUCCAGUGAAACGAUGAUAGCCGUUACCAGUGAAACGGAGAUCAGUCAGCCGCAAGCCGAUUUUCCAGCGCCUGAAACCUUGGAGCCAAUGGGAGAGCAGCAGCAUGACGUGUCAUACUUCAGAAACAUUCUUCGCUCUGAAACGGAGAGGCUGACCUCGCAGUGUCUCGAAUGGGAUGGGACAGCUGAGACGGACAUCCCGGAGGACGCUAAAGAUCUUGUCCGAACCACCAUUGGGCAAACCCGGCUCCUCAUAGCAGAAAGAUUCAAACAGUUUGAAGGGCUGGUAGAUAACUGCGAGUUCAGGCGCGGCGAAAAGGAGACGACGUGUUCAGACCUGGAUGGAUUCUGGGAUAUGGUCGCCUUCCAGGUAGAAGAUGUGAAUAAAAAAUUUGAGAGCUUGAGAAAACUUCAGGAAAGAAAUUGGCAAGUGGUAGAUGACGAUCAGACGAAGCGACUCCCGAAGAAAAAGGCUGCAUCUCAAAGGGCUACCAGAGCGACGACGGGUGGGUCUGCCAAAAAGACGGCUGCCCGAAAGCGCCUCGCAGCUAUUAAGGCAAUUAUGAAGAAUAAAAUGAAACAGGAGGGGGUGGCAGCCGAGGCAACGGGCCAAGAAAUAUCAAAGGAGGAAGAGGAAAAAGUCACAUUUGAUGGAGGGUUUUUUCGGGUCGACUCUCCCGCCAGACGUUUCCCAGGCCAGACUCCGAAAUCAGCAAGCAGGUCAUCCCGACGGGCUUCCAGACGGACUUCUCGCCGGGCUUCCCAGCGGACAACUCCAAGAUCGGCCAGUCGCGCUGUGCUUCGGAGUUGUGCAGAUACCUGCAUCACAAGAUUGGGCACGCCAGCGGCAUCCAAAACUUGUCCUCCUCUGCCUGACCUGGAUGCCUUCUUGGGUCCUGCUGGAACUGAUCUCCUCAGUCGCAUUUCGGAUCAAAGUGACACAAAAGCCUCGGAGGAAUCCGGUGCCCCGAUAGACAGCGUGGUGGAAGACGCCGAUAAAGCACAGCAAACAGCCUCUGCUGAUGGCAUCUCUCGCUGUAGUGAUACGAACGACUUGGUUUCCGUUGAUUCUCCGGGGGUGGAAAGUCCUGACGUUCAAAAGGAAGACUCCGAUAUCGCAGAAGAGGUUCAGCAGGCCGCUACAGCCCUGAGAGAAGAGGGUGUUGUGUGCAGUCCUGAGAAGGAUGCCAUAUUUGAAGGGACUUCCUCUCAACAUGAAGAACAGCACACGCCAGAACGUAAAACAGGCCACCUCCUUGGGGACUUCUCCUGUGGUGCUGCAAUCUCAGAGGGCAAGCCAAACCUGGAUUGCAAUCUUUUCUUCACUCCUCUCAAGAACGAAGCUCAGAAAUUUGCAUCAGCUGUGUCAGACAAUGACCUUAUUGUGUUUUCUCCUCUUUCUUUCCCAGUUGGUGAGAAAUGAGGGGCCUUAUCUUUUAGUAUAGAUUGCUUGGGAUAUGUUAUGCUAGGCAACAGGUACAUCUGUGCACUGAGUACACGGGUCUCCCGGCCUUAUACAUUUUACCUGAUUGCUGAAUUACGUUGCAGCGUUCUAAGAAGCGAUUUCCACCUGAGCGCUAGAUUGUGUAUAAUGCAGAGAUGAAUUGGCUUAUUAGUCCUGACUGUAUUGGGAGUUUCUCCGAUGGCUACUUCUGCUGCAGGAGAGACCCAGCUGAUGGAGAAUAUAAACGCUAAGAUCCUGGGCAUAUAAAUGCGAAGACCUAUUUAGUUUGGGGGCUGUUUUAAACGGGCCUGCGUGCAGUGCUAACUGCAAUAUUAGUCUGUUAAUAAUUCUUUUGCCUUCAAAAGUUGGGGGCGCUCAAAAAAAUCAAAAUGGUUUUACAGAGUUGUUUUUACUUUGGCAUACUUCAGAAGCCUGAUUAAAGUUUAUGUU